UCCGCAGGUUCAACUUUAUUUUGAACAGGCGCUUGUGGGAGCGCUAUCAGCAGGGGUCCUUCCAUUGUCAACACCGGAACAACACGUGAACAGGGUCAAAGGUCAGGAUGGGUCGCUCCUCCAAAGACAAGCGGGAUAUUUACUACCGUCUGGCCAAAGAGGAGGGCUGGAGAGCGAGGAGCGCAUUCAAGCUGCUGCAGCUCGACCACGAGUUCAACUUGUUCACAGGUGUGAACAGAGCAGUUGAUCUGUGUGCAGCUCCGGGCAGCUGGAGUCAGGUGCUCAGUCGGAAACUCAGAGGGCAGGAGGAGGGGGGUGAGCAGGGUGAGGAGGUGAAGAUUGUGGCGGUGGACCUGCAGGCCAUGGCUCCUCUGCCAGGAGUCACUCAGAUCCAGGGAGACAUCACCAAGGUGUCGACGGCUCAGGAGAUCAUCCGUCACUUUGAGGGUCAGCCGGCCGACCUGGUGGUGUGUGACGGAGCUCCAGACGUAACCGGGCUCCAUGACGUGGACGAGUACAUCCAGGCUCAGCUCCUAUUGGCCGCUCUGAACAUCACAACUCACGUCCUGAAACCUGGAGGGACGUUUGUGGCCAAGAUCUUCAGAGGUAAAGAUGUGACUCUGCUGUACUCUCAGCUGAAGAUCUUCUUCAGUGGUGUGACCUGCUCCAAGCCUCGCAGCAGCAGGAACUCCAGUAUCGAGGCCUUCGUUGUGUGCCAGAACUACUCUCCUCCUGAAGGUUACGUCCCCAACAUGUCCAACCCUCUGCUGGAUCAUUCCUACGAUGUGGACUUUAACCAGUUAGAGGGUCCGAACCGCGUCAUCGUUCCCUUCCUGGCGUGCGGUGACCUCAGCGCCUUCGACUCAGACAGGACCUACCCUCUGCAGCUGGACGCUGGCAAACGGUACGAGUACACGCCUCCCGCCCAGCCGCCCAUCGCCCCCCCCUACCAGCAGGCCUGCCACCUCCGCAGAAACAACCUGCUGUCCAGAGAAGACGCCCUGUCCAACCGUCCCAACACCAGUCACGAUGAGACGGCUCCACCGGCCGAGUCCACCUGAUCCGUCUGACACCUGAUGGGAAAAGAAACCGAGUCAUUAAAGGAACAGUCCGGCAUUAUUGCAAAGUCUCUUUUCUAUAAGAAGAUGGAAAUCCGUUUAAUUUAUGUGCAUCUAAGUUAGCAGACAAACUUGAGGCCGGGGGAAACGGCCAGCCUUUCCCUGCAUGCAGUCUUUGUGCUAAGCUAGGUCGAACAUGCUCUGGACCGGUUUGCUGUACUGUUUCUAACAUUUUUACAGUUUUUGUCUGAGCAUUUUGUGACAGAUCCUUCAUCCGCCAGGCUUGAGGACUUGUACACAUUUUAUAUUUUAAAAAUAAAAGUAUUUUCUUGGAGGAGAAGCAACAUCGUGGUUUACAUGAAUUGUAUUUUAAGAGCGAUUUUUUUUUUUUGUCUGUAAGAAAUUUGCAUUAUGCAGCCAUUUGCCUUUGUGGCUAGUGGUGGACGAAGCAUUCAAAUGAUGUACUUGUGCCAAGUAAACGUCCUCAGUGCAUGCAAAACCUUGCUAAAGUAAGCAUAUGUUAGUAUUAUCAGCAACAUGUACUAAAAGUAUGAAAAGUAAAAGUAUUCAUUGUGCAGUAAAA